AUGCAUGAAAAGUCAUUUCCAUGAAAUACAUUAUUUUGAAGACAAAUAUCUUAAUUUCAAAACAUACAAUAAAUGCAAUUAGUACUAUUUUACAGUUUGGUUAUCUGUGUUGAAUUAAUCAAUCUAUACCAACUAAAGUUAUUGUGAAGUUUUCAAGAGCGAUGGAAAAGUAUGAACAAGUGAAGGAUAUUGGAUAUGGAAAUUAUGCUGCUGUGAAGCUUAUUCACAACAAAGAAACAAAAGCCAUUUUUGCAGUCAAGUAUAUCUCACGAGGCCACAAGGUUGAUGAAAGGGUGGCAAGGGAAAUCAUAAACCAUAGAACUCUUGCUCAUCCAAAUAUUAUUCAGUUCAAGGAGGUGUUUUUGACUCCAAGAGAUAUUGCAAUAGUUAUGGAGUAUGCACCUAGUGGAGAUUUAUUUGAUUAUGUUUGCAGUCAUGGGAAAUUAAAUGAACAUGAGGCUCGAUUUUUCUUCCAACAACUCGUUUCAGGAGUUAGUCAUUGUCAUGACAUGGAAAUAUGUCACAGAGACUUGAAGUUGGAGAACACUUUAUUGAAUGGAAAACUUAUUAAAAUAUGUGAUUUUGGCUAUUCUAAGUCAUAUCUACUACAUUCAAGACCCAAAUCAAUGAUUGGAACUCCAUCCUAUAUUGCACCAGAGAUUUUUUCUCGUAAAGAAUAUGAUGGAAAGUUAGCAGAUGUAUGGUCAUUAGGAGUGAUACUUUACAUAAUGUUAGUGGGAGAGUUUCCAUUUGGGGACCAAAAAGAUCUGCAAAAUCUCAAGAAAAUAAUGAAUCAAAUUAUGGUUGUUCAAUACAAAAUCCCAGACACAGUUCACAUGUCUCAGGAUUGUAGAAAUCUAUUAUCUCGUAUUUUUGUUGCAAAUCCAAUGAAAAGAAUGAGCAUGAGGGAAAUUAAGUCUCAUCCAUGGUUUUUAGAGAAGUUGCCUAAGGAAGCAACAAAGGAGGAUCCAAUAAGUUGUGUUCAAAGUAUAGAGGAGAUAAUGAGCAUUGUUGAUGAGGCUAAAGCUCUACCUACAACUUCUAGUUCGGAUCAAUUGGAGGAUUUGGUUGAGGCUUUGAAGAUGUAAGUAUAGAUGAAAUUAGAUUUUUAGAAAUAUAGUUGUUCUUAGUCUAUCUAUUACUAAUAGUUAAUAGUUAUUUGAAUAUUUUUUGUAAUUUUCUAUUAUGUGGAUUUUUCUGGUGUUCCACGUGUUUCUUUUUGUUCGGAUUAAGUACAUUUUGUUUAUAAAAAAAAUUAGAUAAAUUUAGUA